AUGCUGUGCCAUGGGAAGCCCUGGAGGUCUAUGUGCAAGGGACUGGUCCUGGGGACCCUCUUGACCAGCUUCAUGUUGCUGCUCUACUCCUACGCAGGACCCCCACUGCAAGUCAGCGUCACUGAGAUCCCCGUCCCUUCUUCCUGCUCCUCCCGCCCAUCCCCUGGGAAGGCUCUGUCUGUGUCCAAUGGCACCGUCGGCCCCGUGGGACGCAGCUGCCGGCCCAAGCUUGACGUCAUGUUCAUGAAGACCCACAAGACAGCCAGCAGCACCAUCCUCAACAUCCUCUUCCGCUUCGGUGAGAAGCAUCGCCUGAAAUUCGCCUUCCCCAACGGCCGCAACGACUUCUACUACCCGUCGUACUUCGAGCGCAGCCAGGUGCAGCACUACCGCCCGGGGCUGUGCUUCAACAUCAUCUGCAACCACAUGCGUUUCCACUACGAGGAGGUGCGCGAGCUGCUGCCGCCCGACGCCACCUUCGUCACGGUGCUGCGGGACCCUGCCGACCUCUUUGAGUCCUCUUUCCACUACUUCGGGCCCGUCAUCCCGCUCACCUGGAAGAUUCCAGGGGAGGACAAGCUGGCCGAGUUCCUGCGGGACCCCCGGCACUACUAUGAUCCCAACGGGUUCAACGCUCACUACCUCCAGAACCUUCUCUUCUUCGACUUUGGCUAUGACAACAACAUGGAUGCUGACAGCCCACUGGUGGAGGAGCACAUCCAGGAGAUUGGCCGCCGCUUCCACCUCAUCAUGUUACUUGAGUACUUCGAUGAGUCGCUGGUGCUGCUGAAGGAUCUGCUGUGCUGGCAGCUGGAGGAUGUCCUCUACUUCAAGCUCAACGCGCGGAAGGGCUCCCCCCUCUCCCGGUUGACCCCUGAGCUCUACGAGCAGGCGACUGCCUGGAACCUCAUCGACUCCAAGCUCUACCGCUAUUUCAAUGCCACCUUCUGGCGUAAGGUGGAGGCCUAUGGGAGGGAAAGGAUGGCCAAGGAUGUGGCUGAGCUGCAGCGGGAGAACGAGAAGAUGAGGAGCAUCUGCAUCGAUGGGGGACACGCUGUGGAUGCUAGUGCCAUCCAAGAGUCCUCCAUGCAGCCCUGGCAGCCGCUGGGGGAGAAGACCAUCCUGGGGUACAACUUGAAGAAGAAGAUCAACAAGAAGCACCAGAAGCUGUGCCGCAAGAUGCUGACGCCCGAAAUCCAGUACCUGACUGACCUGGGGGCCAACCUCUGGAUCACCAAACUGUGGAGCUACGUGCGGGACUUCCUCAAGUGGUAG